UUCUCGAAAACGACUAAUAUUAUUACCCAGAAUGCAUUGUUUUUACCAUAUACUGUUUCAAUGGAAAAUGUUUUUUUACUAUGUAAAUUUGUUUCCUUUUUAUUAAGUUAUUUUUUUAGUGUAUUCACCCUUAAAAAUAAAAGUUCUUUAUUGGCAUCUAUGGUUCCAUGGAUAGACUUUAACAUCCAUGUAACGUUUCCAUUGCACAAAAGGUUCUUUGUAGUGGAAAAGGGUUCUUUAGAUUAUUAAAAUGUUCUUCACACUAAGAAAAAAAAAAAAAAAAAAGGAAACUGCGGACUAUGCCUCCAAAUAUAAAUUUCAUUCGAAUUGUUGUCUGAAAUAUUUAAGUAAAAUCAAAGUGGUGCCAAAGUUACAACCUGCAAGUUGUGAAAUGAAACUCGGAAAUUAGCCUACAAAUAUUGUGAAAAGUUGGAUGGAAACAAAGACAUUGUUAUAAUGAUGAAAACAUGUUUACAGUCUACAGGACUGAAUACAAACAGCAAGUGAAAUUGUCCUCGGAUCCCCCCUCAUCGGCUGUGGUGAUGUCGGUGUCUCUCUCCAGUCACCCCGCAGUGAGAGACAGGAGUCUCGCUGUCUACCCGUCUCUGCCCGGCGCGCACUACACGAACGUCCUCAAGAGCGCGCACAGCAUCUUCCAUCCGCUCAAGUCUCUAGGCCGCAUGGUGACCGACGCACAAACAAUCAUGCCGUUUAACUUCACCGGGACUCCGUCUUUUUUCAGUCACAACAGCCACCAGACCGCAGUGUUCCAUGAACAGAUCCUCAACCUGUCCAACAUGCCAUAUUUUCAGCACGUGCAGCCUUCACAAAGCAUGUACACCAGACAUGAGGAGCAGAGCACGGGCUCUCCGUCCGAGUUCAGCAGCCCAUCCAGCAGAAAGUCUUCUUCGGCUUCAUCCUCUCCGGUUAAGGAUGGUUUCAGCUGCCUGCAGGCCGCAGAUCCGACACCCGAGCGCGCGCGCACCUACAGUUUCACAGAGGAAGACCUCUUCACGGUCCUGUACGGAUAUUCCAAAAAACAAGGCCAAAAUGUUGGACAUGCCAUCUCUGGACUAUCAUUCCCUCCCAGUGCAGCUGAUCGUCAUCUUCUCCCUGUUGAUACCGAAGGAUUUGAACUCCCAGAAGGCUUAUCGAUUCUCCAGACUAAUUGUGGAAGCCUUUCCCAUUAUGGAGUUUUUGCUGAUAAAAGCACAAUUCCAAAAGGCACCAGGUUUGGACCGUUUCAGGGCAAACUGGUGAACACAAGUGAGAUCAAAACUUAUGAUGACAACACGCUCAUGUGGGAGAUCUUUGAGAACGGGCGCUUGAGUCACUUUGUGGAUGGAAGAGGCGCUCCGGGGAAUUGGAUGUCCUUGGUGAAGUGCGCGCGCUUUCCAGAGGAGCAGAACCUGAUCGCGGUGCAGUGUGAAGGCCAGAUAUACUAUGAGGCCUGCAAAGAGAUCCGAGCCGGCCAAGAACUGUUGGUCUGGUACGGAGACUGCUAUGUGCAGUUUCUGGGCAUUCCCCUUACUCUUAAAGAGUUUAUUGAUGACAGUGAACCGCUCCCAGCUGAAGAUUCUGGAGAGGGUUUCAAGUGUGAUCGCUGUGGUAAAGUGUUCGCUUAUAAGUACUACAGAGACAAACACCUGAAAUACACGCGCUGUGUGGAUCAGGGCGACCGGAAGUUCCCCUGCCACCUCUGCAACAGGUCUUUCGAGAAGAGAGAUCGACUCCGAAUCCACAUUCUCCAUGUGCAUGAGAAACACAGACCUCAUAAGUGCUCCGUGUGCGGCAAAAGUUUCUCGCAGUCCUCCAGUCUGAACAAACACAUGCGCGUGCACUCAGGAGAGCGGCCAUACAAAUGUGUUUACUGUAACAAGGCGUUCACGGCCUCCAGCAUCCUCCGCACUCACAUCCGCCAGCACUCCGGCGAGCGGCCGUUCAAGUGUAAACACUGCGGGAAAGCGUUCGCCUCUCACGCGGCACACGACAGCCAUGUCCGACGGACACACUCCAAAGACAAGCCCUUCUCCUGUGAUGUGUGUGCGACCACUUUCCAGGAUGCACAAGAGUUGAAAUAUCACAUGAAGACGCAUAAAAAGCGGCCACUUUUGGACAGCACUGUUGUUCUUCCUGGAGACGAAAACACGCUCUUCCCCACCAAAGAUUCUCUACAUGCACAGAAACAGCUGGGAGACAGUUUCUCUUUUCCCGGGAUGACCAGCAUCACCUCCGAGUACAGACCCUGGAACUAACGCUUCGACACUGCAUCUAAAUCACUCAUUAUGUUAUUCAGCCUUUUCCCAGAAAAGAUGGCUUGUGUCAAUGUUGUUUGGUAUUGUGUAUUUUAUUUAAUGUAGUUACCUAUUCCCUAAGAAAAUAUUUUUGCUUUAACUUUAUUAUUUUAAAUGUUGUUUCUAUUUAUUAAAAUGUUGGCAUUAGAAAUACGUGUUUUUUGUACUUUUUAAAGUUAGCUCAAAGCAAAUAUGUCGUCGUGUAAUUGUGAGCUGCACAACCAAAGUCAGUUAAUAAUACCAAAGACUGAAUUUAUUAUUAUUAUUAUUAUUAUUACAACAGAAUUUCUUGUUACAUAUCGUUCAUUUCAAUUUGUACUGUCUUUAUCAUGUAACUGCUGUUCAAAUUUGUCUGUGUGUCGGAUCGUCUGCAAACUGAAA